GGAAAUAAAGGUGUUUUAUAAGAAGAUGGUAGGAGCUGGCACAGCUGUUAAAGAGACUCCAGAGAUCGAAAGAGUAAAGAAAAAUCAGCAGAAUAUUAGUUCGAUUAAAUACAAAGAAGAAAUUCAGCAUGCAACUCCUAUUUCUGAUCCACCUGAACUAAGGAGAAUCAAGGAAAAUCAGAAGAACAUAAGCAAUGUUCACUAUAAAGAGCAGCUCUGCAAAGCUACACCUGUAAGUGUCACUCCGGAGAUUGAAAGAGUGAAGAGGAAUCAAGAGAAUGUCAGCAUGGUUCACUACAGAGAGCAGCCUGGCAAAGCUACUGCUGUGAGCAUCACUCCGGAGAUAGAGAGAGUCAAGAAGAAUCAAGACAAUAUCAGCUCGGCAAGUUGUUUGAAUCUUUUUGUCAUUUAUAUUUUCAGUCAUUUGAGGUAUCUAACAAGGAUUUACUUUUGCAUUUAAAUUUGAUACGUCUGGUAAAUGUAACUGCAUCAUCCAUUGUAAAUUUUUUUUUAAUCCUUUGAAUACAUGACUGCAGUAAUGGGCAACAAAAAUAUUAAGAUUUUUGGUUGUUCUUACAAAACAUGUAAGAGAUCAGGAGAUCAGUCAUUCUUUCAAGAACCUUUAUCUCUUGUUACCAAGUUUCAGUUGAUAGAUUUCAGGAGUAAAAUAUGGUCGAGGAAUAUGGAUAGAGGAAAUGAGAACU